UGUUAACCAUUUUAUCUAUUUCUUGUUUUCCCCAUUCUCUCUUUGAUAUCAUCCACCUGAUAUCUAAAGAAACUACUUCCCCCUUUCUCUUCCAUUUCCAUCAACAUCCAAUCUCUCUUUUCUCUCUCUCUUAAGAAUAUCAUUGGGAGAGAGAACCAUUAUUAUACAUGGACGACCCAUCCCAUAGUGGAAAAGGAAAAGGAUCCAAAGACAAAUCAAAAAUCAAGGAUCAUCGCCCCUCAACCUCCUCAUCCUCCUCGUCUGACAGCGGAUCUCCACGCUCGCCACACAAGGGCGGUGCGCAUCCCAAUUGGGGCGCACCGCCCAUCAUGCCGUACCAUAAUUACCCUCCUCCAGGGGUAGCAGGCUACCCUCCUCCUCCGCCAUAUCCAGGUUACCCUCCUCCGUACCCUAACGAAUACGGCCAUCAACACCACCACAAUAACUACUACGGUCACCAACCGUAUGAUUACCCGCCAAACCACGACGCCGGUAGAUCAUUCGUCAGAGGCUUCAUACUCUGUUCCUGCAUAAUGUUCACCGCGUUCUUCAUCGUCACUAUCGUCGUCGCCCUAGCCAUGCACCCCACACUCCCCAAAUACCAGAUUACAUCCAUGAGCGUCGACAAUUUCGGCACCGUGAACACGCUGACCGGAAACUGGAACACCACCAUCUUGCUGGAGAACCCUAACGACAAGCUCACGGGGUAUUUUGGGGAUUUCAAGGUGGUUGUGUUGCACAAAGGGAAAGAACUGACCGGUGGCUACGCGCCGGGUCUGAUCCUGGGCAGGAAUGACAAGAAGCAGUUCAUGGUGACCGCUGCCGCCGCCAAUUUCGGGAAUUCGCCGGAUCUUGAUGCCAUGGGAAGGGAACGAGCUUCUGGCUCCGUUACUUUCGAUGCCAUGAUAACGUCCGUCACGGAGUUAAGGUCUUCCACUGUUUCCACUAGCACGGAGGUGCUAACGGCCGUUUGCGACGGCUUGAAGCUUGUGUUUCAGAAUAACUCCACCACUGGCACCUUGGGCAACCCCGUUGAUUGCGAAAUUCGUCUUUGAGAAAUUACACAAAAGCCCAUUUCUCUCUUAUUUUGGGGACAUAGGGUUUUAUUUCUUUUCAAUUUAUUUCUGAGGUUAGGGUGAAGCUUAAAAUUUUCGAAACCGCGAUAACAAGUUUUGACGCCUAUUUAAUUUUUUGAUUGUAUCAGAGUUGAUG